CUAAACAAACCCAAUUUUUUCAAUCUUCACUUAUAGGUCAUGUUUUCUGGGUCGAGCACGCAUGGAAUACGGGGGAAGUCGGCACCUGUGCUUGCGACCCCUCCCAGUUGGGGAUCGAUUGUUGUAACGGUACAGUAAUACUGUGCCCCAUGCUUGUGGCCACUGAAAUUCAGUGUAGCGGUGGCUUUUUUCAGUGUUGCUUAUGACAUUUAGGAAGGGUUUUAAGCUAACCUGAAAAAGCCACUUGGAUAGUGGACUCUGAGGGGCCAUGUGGGGUUAUACUGGAACAACACUUGGCUUAGCUAUAGCUGUCAGACUUUCCCAUGUAGACAAACCCUGACUGCUCGGAGCAGGGCUUGCUGUUCACACUCUUUUCAGCCCUACAAUAGAUCAGAGUGUUUCCCCUCUAGCAAACCUAUUGUACUCUUCCCCCCAAGCUGUGUUCUGGUCACAGAAGCUUCAUCUCUGAGGAUAAGGUGGGUCCACCACCAAGGGUUAAUGAAGGAAUUUCAUCCUACUGUCCCUGAGUGCUUGGGGAUUGACAAGACAUACCCAGAGGGGAAGCAGAGCUGAGAGAUACUGAGCUUCAGCCCAUCACAGAACCAGGCCCAGGUGAGGCCUGUCCCUUCUGCCUCCAACCAAGGAGAACAUUGAUUCCCUGACGCUGGCUGCAGAGCGGCAGCACUGGCAGGUUUCAGACCAUCUCCCAGUGCUGCUCCCACUCCUCGCUUGAGAGAUUCCAGCCCUUGGAGCUUGUGGAAACACCUCAUGAAAACCUCUGCUAGAAUUUCACUUUCAGACUGCAGUAAGCGGACACUUUCCUUCCUUAGGCCCGAGUCUGCUGCAGGUAUGUCCCACCGAGGGAGAAGUCAAGGACACACACAGGAACUGAGAACACUUUUUAGCUGAGGGAAGGAGGAAAUUAAAUUCCAGACUGAGAGGGUGACAGAGUAGCUGGGCAGGAGGUCUGGCCAUGCUGGCUGUCCGCAUUCCCGCUCCCUUGGGCUGGCCAACAUACUUGGAGUGUGAGUCAUCUGCAACAGAAGCCAGGCAUCUCAGUUCCUGUGGGAUCUUGGCCAUGCCGCAGCCCCCCAAGCGGCCUCCCGCCGCCCCAGCGUGGGGGCUGCAGCCCCCGGCACGGACCUUCCUGAACCUGGCAGCCCCCCGGCUGGGCGGCAAGCGGAUGGAGUACGGGGAAGCGCGAGUGCUGGGCUACUCCAUGGAGCAGAUGUACAACGUGGUGGCCAACGUGGAGAGCUACCAGCACUUCGUGCCAUGGUGCAAGAGCUCCAAGAUCCUGUCCUGCCGCAAAGGGCUGACGCGGGCAGAGCUGGAGGUCGGCUUCGCGCCUCUCAUGGAGCGCUACGUCUCUGAAAUCUCCCUGACUCCCCAGCAGCAGAUCCGGGCUGUAUGCAACGACAGCCGCAUCUUCAGCCACCUGGAGACGCUGUGGCGGUUUAGCCCAGGGCUGCCGGGGCAGCUGGACACCUGCACGUUAGACUUCUAUGUCUCCUUUGAGUUCAAGUCCAUCCUGCAUUCCCACUUGGCCAACCUGUUCUUCGAUGAGGUGGUGAAGCAGAUGGUGAUGGCCUUUGAGAGGUGGGCGGAGAAGAUGUACGGCCCGCAGGCGGAUGUGCAUUCCCAGAAGUGUUUGCAGGCAGCCCACUGCAUGCGAUGAUGCCUCAGGGCCAGCAUCUCCUGCCGCAAUGGGACGCCCCUCUGUGCUCAGCAGAAGACUCUGUCUUCAUUUCAUUCUGUCCAGAUUUUUGGCUGGAUGCACCCAGAUCCCUUGCUCUAUUUAUGUCUAUUUAACCCAUACUCCCUGGAGAUAAAUUAUUUUUUUAAUCCUUUUUUGUUUCUAUUUAAUGUUGGUGCCACAAAGACCAAAAGUCCAUUGUCCUGAUCUAUGUGUCUGUUGCAAUAUCGAAUGUUAACAGACUCUGUGUCCUGUUCUGUUUUAAUGUGACCUCAAUAAAACGUUGAAUGG